AUGGGUUGUGCUAAGUCAUCGAAUAACAGUAGUGGUCGACGUAAUAGUAGACAAAUCACAAUCACAAAGCCAAUGCCUUGGAGCCACACCGAAUCGAUCAAUCGUGACCAACUUAAUAAAAUGCGUGACGAGUUUUGGGACACCACUCCAUUUUAUGGUGGCAAAAGAGAGAUUUGGGAUGCACUUCGAGCAGCCACGGAGGCGGAGUUACACUUAGCACAAACAAUAAUCGAUAGUGCGGGAAUUAUCGUUCACGAGCCGGACUUGACGAUUUGCUAUGAUGAAAAAGGUGCGAGAUACGAGUUACCGAAGUAUGUUUUGAGUGAGCCAACGAAUUUGCUCAAUGAUUAG